UCUAGGGCUGCCAUGGCAGCUGCUGCCGCUGAUGCCUCACACCGAAUCACUGCACUGAAGCUGGAGGAAGAGGGAAGACGGACUACGGCCAGGCUGUUUGGGAGCGCUGUCCCGCUGCCAAGGACAGAGAAAGAGGGAGAGAGGGGGAAAGAGAGAGAGAAGGAGAGGGAAGGCCAGGGCGAAGAGGUCGGGAGAGGGGGCGCUAGUGAGUGUUUGGUGUGCGGCGCUCUGUUCGCCUCACAGGAGAAGCUUCGUAUCCACACUCUGAGUCACACGGGAGAGAAACCCUUCCACUGUUCACACCCACACUGUCCCAAGGCCUUCAGCUCAAAAUACAAGCUCUUCAGGCAUAUGGCCACACACUCUCCACAGAAGACCCAUCAGUGCUCGUUCUGUGAGAAGAUGUUUCACCGCAAAGACCACCUGAAAAACCACCUGCAGACUCAUGACCCCAACAAGGAGGCCUUCAAGUGUGAGGAGUGUGGAAAGCACUACAACACCAAGCUGGGAUAUAAGCGCCACAUGGCCAUGCAUUCUGCCACAGCCGGGGAUCUGACCUGUAAAGUGUGCAUGCAGAGCUACGAGAGUACGCCCGUUCUCCUGGAGCACCUCAAGAGCCACUCCGGGAAAUCGUCAGGCGGUGCCAAGGAGAAGAAGCACCCGUGUGACCACUGCGAUCGCCGCUUCUACACCAGGAAGGACGUGAGGAGACACAUGGUGGUCCACACGGGUCGCAAGGACUUCCUGUGCCAGUACUGCGCCCAGCGCUUCGGCAGAAAGGAUCACCUCACGCGUCACGUGAAAAAGAGCCACUCGCAGGAGCUGCUGAAGAUCAAGACGGAGCCUCCGGACAUGUUGGGUCUUCUAGCUUCAGGAUCACCACCGUGCUCUGUGAAGGAGGAGCUGAGCCCCAUGAUGUGUGGCAUGGGUCCCAAUAAGGAUCCUAUGAUGGGUAAACCUUUCCCCAGCGCAGCUCCAUUUCCAAUGGGCAUGUACAACCCCCACCAUCUUCAGGCCAUGUCUAACUCCGGGGUUAGUCAUCCACACCCGUCCCUGAUGCCCAGCCCCCUGUCUGCAGCCAUGGGCAUGGGAUGUCACAUGGAAUCUCCCGGGCCUCUUCACCCACACUCCCAUCACCAUCACCAUCAUCACCACCAUCACCACCAUCACCAUUCCCCUCCGCUGCCCACCCACCACCAACCCCAGGCCCCCCAGCAGCAGCCCCAACCCCAGCCUGCCGCCAAAUACCAGCUGGGAUCUACCUCAUACCUGCUGGACAAGCCCUUGAAAGUGGAGAUGGAGAGCUUCCUCAUGGAUCUGCAGAGUGGUUUGCCAGGGCCGCUCCCCUCUGCAGAGCCCCACGCUGCUGCCUCGCCCCCUAAAGACGGACUGGAGCCCACCUCGGGCCUUACAGACGAGCUUUGUGGGGACCCCCUCCUGUCCAAGAGCCCUGCGGUAAUCGCUGAGUCUUUGUGUGCUGCUAACAUGGACUUCUCCCACCUGCUGGGGUUCCUGCCCCUCAACCUGCCCCCCUACAGUGCCCCCAUGAGUACUGGAGGCCUAGUGAUGGGCUACACCUCAUCUGCGACCACGUCUUCAUCCUCUUCCUCUUCCUCGUCAUCUCUUCACGCUGCCGAACCCCACGCCGCGACAGUCGCAGGGGCGGCAGCCGCUGUCGCAACGGUACCUCUUACCUCUUUGCAACCGCAACCUCAGGAGCAGCAGAGCUCCAGUGGGGGUCUAGGUCUCGGACCCUUGCACCCACUCCCCCAAGUGUUCAGCUCCAGCCUUAGUACCACCACACUGCCUCGCUUCCACCAGGCCUUUCAAUGAAGGAGAAGGUGUAAAAAGCCCAGCCCCGCCUGGGUAGAGAUGGUCUCCACACCUGCCUUAGCUCAGCUCAGCUCAGCCAGGGUUUAUCGGGCUAACCCUGUUCACAGAGCCCAAUCAAAAAGUGGGAGAAUUAGAAUAUCACAAUGAACACUUAGAAAGCCUUAAAUGGAAGCGCACAAAAGCUUUUGAUUGAGCCUUGAAAGGAAGUUCAAAUGCCUUUAAGCAAAAAAGAAAAGAAAAGAAAAGAAGA